CUUAAAAUGUUCAAAUAAUAUAAAAUGCUUCAAAACAGCCAAAGAAUAAGAACGUUAUGUGCAGCUGCUCAAAGUCUGUACAUAAACCAAGCGAAAAUUUUAAACGAGGCUGCAGCAAAACAUGUCGUGGGUUACGUACAGAAACGUGGUAAAAAAGAUGAUUCCAUAUCAACUUUGUUUGUUCCAAUACCAAUUAAACCCAACCCAGAUGAUAUAAAUGUGGGACUAGAACUUACUGGUGCCUUAAACAAAGCAGAUUUACUAAAGGUGUUAAAUAAAUUCUACCAGAAAAAAGAAAUAAAGCAGCUAUUGUCCGAUAAUGGGUUAGAUAACUAUUUGCAACAUCAAGCUUAUGUAAGCUUCAGAAGAUAUUGCUUGGAAGCAAACACAUUGCCAGUAGACCUGCACGUAGUGGUCAGUGACAUUUUACAAGGGGCAGGCAAUGUAACAGACAUCUUCCCAUAUUUUCUGCGUCACGCAAAACAAAUGUUCCCCCAUUUAGAAUGCAUGGAUGAUCUGAAAAAAAUCUCAGACCUUAGACAACCAGCCAACUGGUAUCCUGAGGCGAGAAGCUUGAAUAGGAAAAUAAUCUUCCAUGCUGGACCUACAAACUCUGGAAAAACUUACCAUGCUUUAGAAAGGUUCAUAACUGCAAAAUCUGGUGUAUAUUGUGGUCCUCUGAAAUUACUAGCCAGUGAAGUAUUUAACAAGACCAAUGACAGAGGGACACCCUGUGAUUUAGUGACUGGUGAGGAGAGGAAAUAUGCUGAUCCUGCCAAAAAUGCAUCUGCCCAUGUUGCAUGCACUGUUGAAAUGACUUCAGUCAACAACCCAUAUGAGGUUGCUGUAAUUGAUGAGAUCCAAAUGAUAAAAGACCCACAAAGAGGGUGGGCUUGGACCAGAGCCUUAUUGGGUCUUAUGGCUGAAGAAAUUCAUUUGUGUGGUGAAGCUGGCACAAUAGAUUUAGUUAAACAAUUAUGUUUAACUACAAAUGAAGAUGUAGAAGUAAGAAACUACAAGAGACUAACUGAGCUGCACAUAGAAGACACUGCACUAGGUUCUCUUGAUAAUGUGGAGCCUGGUGAUUGUAUUGUAUGCUUCAGUAAGAAUGAUAUUUAUUCAGUUUCAAGGGGGAUUGAAGCUACUGGCAAAGAAGUAGCUGUAAUUUAUGGUGGUUUGCCACCAGGGACAAAGUUGGCUCAGGCAGCCAAGUUUAAUGAUCCUGAGAACAGCUGCAAGAUUCUAGUUGCGACUGAUGCCAUUGGUAUGGGAUUGAAUCUGAGUAUAAGACGCGUGAUCUUCUACUCGCUAAUCAAGCCAACAUUGAAUGAAAAAGGUGAGAAAGAGAUGGACACAAUUUCAGUGUCACAGGCGUUACAGAUUGCUGGCAGAGCCGGGAGGUAUGGAACAAAGUGGGAACAAGGGCACGUCACCACUUUCAAAGCUGAGGAUCUUCCUACUUUAAAGGCACUCUUGGCUUCACCUCCUGAACCAAUUACACAAGCUGGUUUACAUCCCACUGCGGAUCAAAUAGAACUGUACGCGUAUCAUUUACCAAACUCCACCUUGAGUAACUUAAUGGAUAUAUUCGUGAAUCUCUCGACGGUAGAUGAUUCUUUAUACUUCAUGUGCAACAUUGAGGACUUUAAAUUCUUAGCGGAUAUGAUACAACACGUUCCGUUGCCUUUACGUGCCCGCUAUGUGUUUUGCUGUGCCCCCAUUAAUAAGAAAAUGCCGUUUGUGUGUACAAUGUUUCUGAAAUUUACUCGCCAAUAUAGCAAAAACGAACCAAUUACUUUUGAUUGGUUGUGCAGGAACAUUGGAUGGCCUUUACAACCACCUAAAACAAUUAUAGAUUUGGUACACUUGGAGGCUGUGUUUGAUGUCUUGGAUUUGUAUCUUUGGCUAAGUUAUCGUUUUAUGGAUUUGUUUAAUGAACCAGAUUUGAUUAGAGAUAUGCAAAAAGAACUGGAUUCCAUAAUACAGCAAGGAAUUGUGCAAUUGACCAGAUUGUUGAAGAAUUCUGAGACUGGUGUUAGUUCAGGAACAGCUGCAGCUGAUGAUGAUGAGUUUGAAUUAAACAGACAGAAACAGAAUUACCUCAGAGAAUCUAAGGCUUCUCAAAUUGGCAGAGGCAGAUUGACAGAAAGAUUGUUGGCACAAGGUAUUUUAACGCCGAAUAUGUUAAACGAGCUGAAAAAAGAAUGGAAUAAAGAUCCCAACGACAAUAACGACGACGACGACGAACCAAAGAAACCAAGGAGGAAAAGGAAAACAAAAUAAAUUUACAUUAUUUACCAUUUAUUGUAUAUAUACAGUUGUUUUUCUUUUUAAAUAAAAUUAUACACUUA